ACCACUGUGCGACCCUGUCCGGGCCCUUGAGCGAGCGUAACAACGUCCCCACCAUGGCUGCCCUACGUGUUACUUGUUCCUCUUCCCGCCUGGUUACGCCCCUUAGGGGAGUCCUACCAAGCCCCUGCGCCGGCCUAGCAACAUCCUCAGCCAUGAGGACAAAGAUAGGAAAUUUGAAGAUAAAGAAGAGUGGCAAAGAUGGCGUCAGAAAGAAGCAUACAUUUGGGGAGCUGGAGGUGCCCAACAGCAAGUACUAUGGGGCUCAAACUGUACGAUCCGUCAUGAACUUCCCCAUUGGUGGAGAAACGGAACGAAUGCCGUUGCCAGUGAUUAAGGCCUUUGGGGUACUGAAGAAGGCUGCAGCAGAGGUCAACCAGGAGUAUGGUCUUGAUCCCAAGAUAGCCGAUGCCAUUUCCAAAGCAGCUGACGAAGUGAUCAGCGGAGAACUCUAUGGGGAACAUUUCCCUCUUGUCAUCUGGCAGACUGGAUCUGGAACGCAGUCCAACAUGAACACCAAUGAAGUAAUUGCCAACCGUGCAAUUGAAUUGUUGGGAGGAGAACUAGGGUCAAAAUCACCUGUUCACCCCAAUGACCAUGUGAAUAAGAGUCAGAGUUCAAAUGAUACAUACCCAACUGCCAUGCACAUUGCAACUGCAGUUGAGAUUCACAACACGCUGUUGCCUGGCCUUGAAGCCUUGCAUAAGGCCUUGGAUGCGAAAGCCAAGGAGUAUGCAGACAUUGUAAAGAUUGGCCGCACUCACACGCAGGAUGCCACACCCCUAACUCUUGGCCAAGAGUUCAGUGGCUAUGCACAGCAAAUUGAGUUUGGCAUUCAGCGUGUGAAGGCCUGUCUCCCACGCGUCUACAUGCUGGCUGCUGGAGGAACUGCUGUGGGCACAGGUCUCAACACCAGGGUUGGGUUUGCAGAGAAGGUGGCUGCAAAGGUCUCACAGCUUACCGGCCUGCCCUUCGAGACUGCUCCGAACAAGUUUGAGGCCCUGGCUGCCCAUGACGCCAUGGUUGAGGUCUCGGGCGCUCUUAACGUUAUUGCUUGCUCCAUCAUGAAGAUUGCCAACGACAUCCGCUUCCUUGGCUCUGGCCCGCGCUGUGGUCUGGGAGAGCUCUCCCUGCCAGAGAAUGAGCCAGGGUCUUCCAUUAUGCCAGGCAAGGUCAACCCAACCCAGUGCGAGGCCAUCACCAUGGUUGCAGCUCAGGUUAUGGGCAACCACGUGGCAGUGACAGUGGGUGGCUCCAAUGGACACUUCGAGCUUAAUGUUUUCAAGCCCAUGAUGGUUGCCAAUGUGCUGAGGUCCAUUCGGCUGCUUGGGGACAGCUGUCAUGCUUUCGUCAAUAACUGUGUUGUUGGCAUUACAGCAAACCAGGAACGUAUUGACAAGCUCCUCCAUGAGUCACUUAUGUUGGUGACUGCCCUCAACCCUCACAUUGGUUACGACAAGGCUGCAAAGAUUGCCAAGACUGCACAUAAGGAAGGCUCAACGCUCAAGGCCACAGCACUUAAGCUUGGCUACUUGACGGAGGAAGAAUUUGACAAGUGGGUUAGACCUGAAGAUAUGCUGGGACCUAAGUAAAAGACCGUAAGAACAGCGAAAGUGAGCAUAUAUUCAGGUACUUGUAUGAUCUACACACUCAGCAAAGAGAAUUAAAAGAGAUGAUGGAUCAAGAUGGGAGAGCCAUGGUUAUAAGAACAUAUACAUAGUUGCAUAUAGUUUUGUAAAUUUGCACAUCAUAAAACAGUGUUUGAAAAAGGACUUUUAUGUGAAAGAAUUUUUUUUUUAAUGCUCAAAAUUCUGUAUUGUUUUAUAAUAUAUGACAAUUUGUUCAGGUUGUAAAAUAAAAUGGUGUUUUGACUCCAAGGAAGUCUUCGAUGGUGUACAUAGGAUAUCUUUAUAACGAUAUUGGAGUAUGAAAUCCCUAUUUUGUUGCAUAAAUAAUAAAUUGAAAAAUGGUA